AUGAAUCGCUUGUGGCUGACCGUAGUAUUGGUCGUGAUAUGUUUGUUGGAAGAAACGGUGUCCAAUAAUAAUCGCUGUGUAGGAGUAGCGGACGGCGUGUUUGUAAAUGAUUUUACCGCUUGUAAUGCCUUCUUCACAUGUUUCCGUGGCGAAGCGUUUCCUGGUACAUGUCCCGAUAACUUUGUCUUCAACGAAGAAGCACAGUUGUGCGAUCAUCCGUGGAAUGUAAAGUGCUUGAUUUGCCCUCCGUCAGAGGAUCUCGUACCAACGUUUGUGCCAAUCGAAGGCGAGUGCUCGUUUUACACACUCUGCAUACAAGGAAUUGGUACGCUUCGCGAAUGUGCAAAUGGACUCCUGUUCGAUAGUGUGCAAAACUCUUGCGAUCUAGCAGAAAAUGUCGAUUGUGAAACAGGCAUUUGUCCUAAUAACGUGAAUCCCGCUAUUCCGACAUCGGUACCACAUCCAACGGACUGUUCAAAAUAUUACAUUUGCCUCAAUAACAACGCUGAGGAACGUCAAUGUGCUCCAACGCUCCUGUUCAAUCCUGAGACAAGGUUUUGCGAUUUGGAAGAAAAUGUUGAAUGUGAAGAGGGAGUGCCUUCGCCUUCUUCGUGCCCACCGACUGGAAUUCAUCUCAUCGGCAAUCCUGCAGAUUGUGUUUCUUAUUUCGUUUGUCUAAACGGAGAGCAGAGUACCGUAGCUACGAAUUGUGCUGCUGGCCUAAUCUUCGACAUAACCGAUUCUGUAUGCCGUCCUGCUAAUGAAGAUUCUCGCUGUGCCAAUGGAAUGGACCCUAUGCCACCAACUCCGCCUGUUGCACCUGUAUUUGAUCAAACACCGAACAACAGACACUCAACAAACACCAACUACCAUCGAUCAAACAAACCUCAUGAAAGAAAUAGACUUUAUACAAAAAUGCUGAAGAUGCGUUACCAUGUGUCGGUAGUGUACACGAUCUUGUUAACCUUUGUUAUCGUCACUAGUGCACAGCGUGACCCAUGUCUGGGUAUACCUGACGGAAUGUUUGUCAACGAUUUCACUAGCUGCGACGGUUAUUUCUUGUGUCUCGGUGGUGUUCCAACGCAAGCCACGUGUCCGCCCGGAUUUUACUUCAACGAAGCACAGCAAUUGUGCGAUUUUCCGCAAAAUGUUUUCUGUCACGUGUGUAACCAGCAGACCGGUGUACAGCUGUUCCCGCAUCCGACGAGUUGCGAACAGUUUAUCACCUGCUCGAAUGGAAUUUCGUUCGUGGGAAAUUGCAAGUCCGGAGAAACGUAUGAUGUAGCGCUGCAAGCGUGCAAAAGUGAAUUUCGUGUUGAUUGUGAACGGCUUCGCUGUCCAGAUGUCGACAAUCCAAAUAUGGUCGUCUUUAUUCCGGGCAUCCAGUCAUGUGAUGAGUACUUCAUAUGUCAGGCUGGGUCUCCGAUACAGCGAUUCUGCGCACCGGGAUUACAUUGGAAUCGAGAAGCUGAACGAUGUGACUUUCCCGAGCUAGCUCAAUGUCCGUAA